AUUCUCGCGAGAGUUGUGUAGGCCAAUACAGCUAUGGCUCCUAGUGCUAUCACCGGGUCGUAAAUUAAUCUAACGUAACAGGUAGCAUAGCUAAUCUGGCUGUCUUCGAUCAAAGACAUUGGGCAUAUUUCCAUUUAUAAGAGCGAGCAUUACACCAAUGUCUCUAUCAUCCGAGAAGUGUUGGUGCAUAGGUGCUUUAGUCAUAAAGAUGCUGCCCGGUUGCUAGCACGCUGCAGUUAGCAUAGCUAAAUGCUAAAGCUAGCUCCGCCUGGGACAACGUGAGGAGCAUAUUUACUGAGUAACGUUAUCUAAAUUACUUCCGAUUCACAAUGAAGUGUCACUAUGACGUCUUGGACGUAAAACGAGACGCGGGAGAUGGUGACUUGAAGAAAGCUUAUCGUAAAUUAGCAUUGAAAUGGCACCCGGAUAAGAACCUGGACAAUGCAGAUGAGGCGGCGGAGUAUUUUAAGCUGAUUCAAGCCGCUUAUGAUGUCCUGAGUGAUCCGCAGGAGAGAGCCUGGUACGACAAUCACAGGGAUGCUCUGCUGAAAGGAGGAGUCAGUGGAGACUAUGAAGAUGACAGCAUUGACCUGCUGCAGUACUUCACGGUCACCUGCUACGCCGGCUUCGGGGAUGACGAGAAGGGCUUUUACUCGGUCUACAGGAAUCUCUUCGAGUCCAUUGUGAAGGAGGAGAUGGAGCAUGUCAAGGUGGAUGAAGAGGAAGAAGAGAAGGACUUUCCUCCCUUUGGAGACUCUGAGAGUGACUAUGACAGCGUGGUGCACAUGUUCUAUGGCUACUGGCAGAGCUUCUGCACUCGCAAAAACUUUGCCUGGAAGGAGGAGUACGACACGAGGCAGGCCUCCAACCGCUGGGAGAAAAGGGCCAUGGAGAAGGAGAACAAGAAGACCAGAGAGAAGGCUCGGAAGGAGCGCAACGAGCUUGUGCGCCAACUCGUUGCCUUCGUUCGGAAGCGCGACCGCCGCGUGCAGGCCCACAAGAAGCUGGUGGAGGAGCAGAACGCCGAGAAGAUCAAGAAGGUGGAGGCGCUGCGGCGGGAGCAGAAGCUCAGCCAGGCCAAGCUGGCAGAGGAGUACAAGGAGCAGAGCUGGGCGGCCAUGUCUGAGCUCGAGAAGGAGCUGCAGCAGAUAGAGGCGCAGUACGGGGAGGAGUUUGGAGACGCAUCGGAGAGUGAGGAAGACGAGCUGAACAGUGAAGAGGGAGGAGAAGCAGAGCAGCCUGAAGGAGACGGACUGACAAUCGAUGAGUACUAUGAUGAUCUGUACUGCGCAGCCUGUGACAAAUCCUUUAAAUCAGAUAAAGCUAUGAAAAACCAUGAAAAAUCCAAAAAGCACCGGGAGCUAGUGGGGUUGCUACGACAACAGCUGGAGGAAGAGGAUAAUUCAUUUGGUCUUAAUUUGGAUGGAAUAGGGCAGGAAAAUGCUCAAGAUGAAGAGGAAGAGGAUAACAGGCCACGGCAAAAGCUGUCCAAAAAGCAGAAGAGAAAAAAGAAGCAGCAGAAAGUAGCACAGCAGAGUGCUCCAGGGGAGGUGGGAGAGCAGGAGCAGGCGGAGGCGGAGAAAGUGGAGGUGGAGAAACCAACAGUGACCAGGAGCGAGGUCGAUGCCCCCGAGAAGUCAGAGAACACCAAAGAGCCUGAGAAGCAGGAUGACCCCUCUCCUGCAGGAGUCACGAGCAGCUCUGGGAAGACAAAAGGAAAGAAAGGAGGAGCCAAAGACAAACCGAAGAGUGUCAACAAGUCUAACACAGGAGUGGAACAGAUUCCUGAGAGUGAAGUAAUCCUCUUCUGUGUGACCUGCAACAACGAGUUCUCCACAAGAAACAAGCUGUUUGACCAUCUGAAGACCAGCGGCCACGCUAGCGCUCUGUCCUCCAACGCUCCCCACAGCUCCACGAGCAAGAGCAAAAAAGACAAGAAGAACAGAUAACACGUCUUCAUCGGGGGGGCUGGAAGGGGCCUCAGCAGGGACACAGGAGUGAGCGAGAUAAAUAAAAGAACCCGUUGAAGGAGGACUUUUAAUGGACUGACCCAGAGGGAUUUUUUUUAAUUUUUUAUUCUUCCCCCGAUUCUCUUAUAUCGAUCGUUUUUUGUGCGAGCGAUUGGAACUUUUAGUACAUUUCAAAGUAACUUAUGAACAUGCAUGAUUUAGGGAAUCCCGUCUCUUGGUUUAUCACAAAAGGCUCUGUGGUGGUAAAACUGCAUCAUAAGAAUAAAGGUGAUACUGAACGUCGGUAUUUAUACAACAACUCUGAAAAUGAUCUCCACUGAUGCCUCUAGAAACAAUUUUUAAUAAUAAAAUACAUUUUAUUAUUUUUUACAUUUGUUUCAUUUGGUGACAUAAAACCAAAAUUACACAAAGUAUUUCAUAGCCCAAAUAGCCCAUCAUCACUGUGGAUCAGAGCCAGAUGAAUGAAUCAGAAGUUGGUCAGAAACAAAGUCAAUUGGAAUUAGUGAUACGCAUGAGAAAAAAUGGUUCCAAUAGAAGGAUUCACUUGUUAUAACAUGCAGAAUAUACUAAAGAGUUGAAGUACCUGUUUACGAAUGAUUAUGAUCAGGACAAAAAUAAUGAUCUAUUUAAAAUGUGACGUUUAUACAAAUGUAAA